GCUGUCUGCUGCUCUCUACCUGUACUCUCAUCCGGAGAGGAACAGGGAUUUUAGUUAGCGUUGGGAGACACAAUGCAUAAAAUAACUGAUAUACUGUAAAGGUUUAUGUUUCUCUUAUGGUCUUGUUUUCUCUGUUACCAUGUUUAUUUGAAGAAAGCAUCAGCAGAUGGUCGGUGGGAGACGUUUCAAAAGCAAAAAGGCAUUGAAUUUCAUCCACUCGUGGAUUAAUGGCUCUCAUACGUGUCGUCCUGCAGAAUCUGUUGAUGUGCAUGGUGUGCUUCUACUCUCUCUACUACAUCGCGGUCAGUCUCUGCGUCGGACUGCUCAGGGUUCAUGAGAUCAACAGCUUGUUGGCUCCCUUUGACUACACAACACAACCGUCAUGGCAGAACCCCAAAUACCUCGUCAGUGUCAUUUCCACAGAAGUGACCUAUGUGUUGGGAGGGCUGGUAUUCGCCUGGAUAGUAGAGGAGUGGGUUUGGGAUUACGCCAUAACUGUCACACUGCUGCACAUCGCGAUGACUGUAGCAGUGAUGUCAGACUUCCCUUCAGCUGAGCACUGGUGGAUAGCUCUGGGUUCAGGCCUGGUGAUGAUGAUAUUUGCAGGACAGCUCAUGGCCUAUAAACUCUUCAGGAGCAACUUCGUCUACCCAGCUGAACUACAGAACUUCUAAUGAACACAACGAGGAAAGCUUUUAAAUGGCUUACUACUUAAUCUCUCUACAUCCCAGUGGGUUCACUUUUCAAAGAUUGUUCAAGCUUCAUGUAGACAUCAGUUUAAGCAACUACAGUAUUUCUAUAGAGAAUAUAAAACAACCACAGGAAACAUUUUGUUCACUUUGUUCAGUAGCUAAUAGUCACAUCCCUCCUUGUACAAAUGGCCCAACUUUGUCUGUUUUUUAAAGCAUAUUCUGUACAGUUUAAAUAUGGUUUUGUAUUGUUUCUUUACAAAUGUCAUACUAUCAACUCAAGGUCUUAGAAGAGAUGACACCUGUAGCAUUCUGUAAAAAAGAAGGUAAAACAAAUCUACUGACUGUCAGCAAAUUUCCUGAUGUAAUUGUAGUGUUAUAUUCAGGUGUCGUAUACUAGAUUUGUAAAGUGUUGUAGUCUGAUUAAGACAAUUACUCUCUGUAUUUUAAUGCUGGUUGUAUAUAUUAGUUAAAAUUGGGUUUACAUUAAAUACUUUACUUACUUUUGUGUGUUUGUGUCUCUAUAUGUGGGAAACUAGAAGAUCCCCGGUCAAUGUGGCACUUUGACCCCUACAGC